UGAGUUCUGCCCGAGACAGCCAUCUGUGCAUGUGUGAGCAAGAGGAAAGUUGUUCUGUACUGCGAUUAUCGAAGCGUUGUUCCCAGUCUGAGUGAUAACCACGUCAGUGCUACUUACAUUCUGCAAAACAGUGCCGUUUAUAGGACAUUCUAUUUUUAUCAGCAACUGUAACAUCAAGAUAAAAGCAAGUCCAGAAGUGAAUGUUACAUUGUUACGUCAUUUUGGUAUAAAUUCGUAUAAAAAAGGAGCCAGUUUCUGAGUAAGCGUUCAGACAGUUCCAAGAGACCUUGAAAAAGAAGAAGAUUGAUUAGUGUUGUAAUGAAGAUCAUGAAAUAUUCAUUAUACUGUCUUUCGCUGAUUCAUGUAUCAAUUAACAUACAAUCAAUGUGAUGUACCAACCGAUAAACCAAAUUAUUAUUUCUGAGAAGUCCUGUAAAGAAAAGGUUACGCCUUAUUGAGAGCAAGGUUGGCCACAUUGGACCCGAAGCAACUCGUCGUGAUAUUAUGGGAACCGCAGCAAGUGUGGGCAGCAGUUGCGGGCAUGCGCAUCUGAUGGCUUUCUCUUGACGCUCCCCACCCCCUUUCAAUCCAGCGAUGUGUUCCAUUGUGCGCAGUCGCCCACUCUGGACUCCGGCCAGGAUGUUCCGGCGGAUGCUUCGACUGCCUAGAAUGGGCAGCUUCACGUCUGCGCCCAAGAUCCUGAAUGAGGAUACGCAGGAUGGGGACGUGGACCUGCCUCCGCGCAUGAGCAGAGACGAGCUGAUGCAGCAUUGCCACCAGCAGCUGGGGAAUCUGCCACCCCUCGUGAAGCGGUCUUUCAGGCGCCUCCAGGGGCAGUCCGGGGACACACCGGAUGGUGUCCGUGUUUUGCAGUGGAAUGUCCUGUCCAGAGUUUGUGGUGAAGCUGUGUCUAGUCCAUGCCACGUCCGAGUGUUACAGUGGAAUGUCCUCUCACAAGCGCUGGGACAGAUGAACGAUAACUUCGUCUGCUGCCCGGAUGAGGCGCUAGAAUGGAGGUCCAGACGCUACCACAUCAUAGAAGAGAUCGUGGAAUACUGUCCGGACGUCAUAUGUCUCCAGGAGGUGGACCACUUCAACUUCCUGAAGACUGUCUUGGGCACGCAGGGGUACCGAGGCGCUUUCUUCCCAAAACCCGAUUCUCCGUGUCUUUAUAUCAAGGGGAACAACGGCCCCGACGGAUGCGCCAUUUUCUUCAAGGAGGACAAGUUUGAGCUGCUGAAAGUAGAGACGCGAGUCCUCGAGGUCUGGCGCGUGCAGAGCAACCAGGUUGCUGUGGUAAUGUUGCUGCGAAUACGGGAGACAAGUCAGGAGAUCUGUGUGGCCACGACGCACCUAAAGGCGCGCACUGGAGCUCUGUUGUCUACACUGCGGAAUGAACAGGGUAAAGACCUUCUGGACUUCGUGACGUCACACUAUGGCGGUCGUCCCGUCAUCAUAUGCGGAGAUUUCAACGCGGAGCCCACCGAACCUGUGUACCUGACGCUUCUGAGCCACCAAUCACUACGCAUGGCAAGCGCCUACGCCACCACAGGGGACGUUUCGGACGCUGCGCCCAGAGAGCCCCCAUACACUACGUGGAAGAUACGGGAGGAGGGUGAAGUGUGCCAUACCAUUGAUUACGUGUUCUACUCAUUGGACAGUUUCUCUGUAGAAGCAGUUCUGGACUUCCCCACGGGAGAGGAGAUCGGUGAGGGCAGAGUCCCCUCGUUUGGGUACCCUUCUGACCACUUCUCACUCGUGUGUGACUUCCGCUUAAAGAGUGCCUGUGAACUGGGCUCUUGAAGGCCUGAGUGGAACCUCAAGCCACUUUGCCUGCUUAUGCGUUAUACUGUAAAGAAUGUUAACAUGUUUGUACAUAUUUGUAUACCUGAUCAAUAAAUCUUGUUAAUCAGUA